CAUAAGGAUGACUGAUUCAUCGCCACAGAAGUCAUUUGUUCUCCUCCACAGCGCCGCAGCAUGCACACAGGGGUGCAAAGCAAGGCGUGAGGCUGAACAAGUAGAAGUAGCAGCAGAUUGUCACUGAAGAGACAGAGGGUCAGAGAGGUUUCAUGAUGUGACCAGGGUCACACAAGCUCAUGCGUAGUCAAGUUAGGACUCCAGUCGACAGUGUGGUGUGAUUUCCACUCGGCCAGACCGUCUCAGUGUUAGAGGCGGGGCUUAGCCUUGGACGAGGAACGUCAGGUCCCACUGUGAGUGCUGGCGUAGGUGCCUGGGUGCUUUGAGCUGCUUACUUCCCUCUCUAAGCCUCAUCUGAAAACAGGAAUGUUGAUGGCCCUAGUGCCUGCCUUGUGGGUUCAAGAUGUGCCAAGAAGAUGGGGCCCUCCAGGAUACACAUGGGUGUGAGGCUGAGUAGAAGUCUCUAAGUCUGUUCCUACCAAAGGCAAAGCCAUUUAGAACCCGUGUCCCCUCCCUGCUGGAGGCCAGGAUUGGAUAAGUCAAUCAGCUCUCAAAACCCUGGUUUGGAGAAUCAGGAAAUGUCUCGAAUUUUCAUGGCAGAAAUGUCUCUUGAUCUGCAAUGAAAUAUCCCAGCAGCUGCAUUUCUCCUGGAACAAUUCACGAGUUCCCCGAAGACCUGUUCUCCAAUAAGGAGCGACAGCACGGAGCCGUCCUGCUGCACAUCCUUGGUGCUCUGUAUAUGUUCUAUGCCUUGGCCAUAGUGUGCGAUGACUUCUUCGUUCCAUCUCUAGAGAAGAUCUGUGAGAGACUCCAUCUGAGUGAAGAUGUGGCUGGAGCCACCUUCAUGGCUGCAGGAAGCUCAACGCCAGAGCUGUUUGCCUCUGUUAUUGGGGUGUUCAUCACCCACGGGGACGUCGGGGUGGGCACCAUUGUGGGCUCCGCUGUGUUCAACAUCCUGUGCAUAAUUGGAGUAUGUGGACUGUUUGCUGGCCAGGUGGUCCGUCUGACGUGGUGGGCUGUGUGCCGAGACUCCGUGUACUACACCAUCUCUGUCAUCGUGCUCAUUGUGUUCAUAUAUGAUGAACAAAUUGUGUGGUGGGAAGGCCUGGUGCUCAUCAUCUUGUAUGUGUUUUAUAUUCUGAUCAUGAAGUACAAUGUGAAGAUGCAAGCCUUUUUCACAAUCAAACAAAAGAGCAUUGCAAACGGCAACCCGGUCAACAGUGAGCUGGAGGCUGGUAAUGAUUUCUAUGACAGUAGCUAUGAUGACCCUUCCGUGCCAUUGCUGAGGCAAGUGAAGGAGAAGCCACAGUAUGGCAAGAACCCCGUGGUGAUGGUGGACGAGAUCAUGAGCUCCAGCCCUCCCAAGUUCACCUUCCCCGAAGCUGGCUUACGAAUCAUGAUCACCAAUAAGUUUGGACCCAGGACCCGACUACGGAUGGCCAGCAGGAUCAUCAUUAAUGAGCGGCAGAGACUGAUCAACUCGGCCAAUGGUGUGAGCAGCAAGCCGCUUCAAAACGGGAGACACGAGAACAUUGAGAACGGGAAUGUUCCUGUGGAAAACCCCGAAGAUCCUCAGCAGAAUCAGGAGCAACAGCCGCCGCCACAGCCACCACCCCCGGAGCCAGAGCCGGUGGAGGCUGCCUUCCUGUCACCCUUCUCCAUGCCGGAGGCCAGAGGGGACAAGGUCAAGUGGGUGUUCACCUGGCCCCUCAUCUUCCUCCUGUGCGUCACCAUUCCCAACUGCAGCAAGCCCCGCUGGGAGAAGUUCUUCAUGGUCACCUUCAUCACCGCCACGCUGUGGAUUGCUGUGUUCUCCUAUAUCAUGGUGUGGCUGGUGACUAUUAUCGGAUACACACUUGGGAUCCCGGAUGUCAUCAUGGGCAUUACUUUCCUGGCAGCAGGGACAAGUGUUCCAGACUGCAUGGCCAGCUUAAUUGUCGCGAGACAAGGCCUUGGGGACAUGGCAGUCUCCAACACCAUAGGAAGCAACGUGUUUGACAUCCUGGUAGGACUUGGCGUACCGUGGGGCCUGCAGACCAUGGUUGUUAAUUACGGAUCAACAGUGAAGAUCAACAGCCGGGGGCUGGUCUAUUCCGUGGUCCUGUUGCUGGGCUCUGUCGCUCUCACUGUCCUUGGCAUCCACCUAAACAAGUGGCAACUGGACCGGAAGCUGGGCGUCUACGUGCUGGUUCUCUACGCCAUCUUCUUGUGCUUCUCCAUAAUGAUAGAGUUUAACGUCUUUACCUUCGUCAACUUGCCAAUGUGCCGGGAAGACGAUUAGUGCUGAGUCGCGGCCCCUGGGAGCUGAUCUGGACACCCUGUGACACUGGCGUCCUCCUCUCCCCUCCUUCCCCCACCACAGGUCUCUCCUGCAUAGGCAGCCACUGUCCGUUCUUUCACACACUGGAAGAAAGAGCCAUCGUGGUCUUUGUCUGGUCACAGGCCAGACUGCUGGGCGUCCUCCUCCUCCUUGGAGUUCCACCCCUGCAAGGCUGGAUUCAGGGGCCAUUAUCUGAGCAGCUUCGAAGAUUCCUAGCUGCCAACCACGGAGAUGUGUCGAGCAUCUCAUCUCUCCUGCACACUUUAGUCAGAAGGACUUCUGCAUGCAGUUUGUCUUUCUGUUCUGCAGGCAGCCUCGGAAAUGAGGUCAUUUGUGAGCACGAGAUCACAUAGGGCAGGUGCAAAAUAGGAAAGUUGUUCUCAAGUGUCACCUCCGGCCCAGAGGCGGUUCCUUAGGCAGCAUGUGCUCCUGGGAGCCUCCAACUUUUGCUGGAAGCACCCACAGUUUGGAAGGGGCAAGACCUCAACCUGUUGGGAUUUAGGGCCCAUGAUGGCAGACAUUCUACCCCUUUUCCUGGAAAAACUGGAGGAAUGAAAAUAUUUUUUUUUUCUGCAGAAGAGAGAAAAUGAGUGAAUAUUCUUCUCACUUUUAUUGAUGCAUUCAGAGAAUAAGCAAUGAAAUAUUAAACAAUGAAACAUCAUAUAGGUUCAUCAUACUUGAAAACUAUCAUUCCAUAUGAAAGGAUCAUGAUACACACCAAAAAGGUAAUGAUCGUACAGACACAAAUCCUCCGUGCGCCGUCUUGCAUUGGCACUGAGGUGUUUGGUUUGGAAUAGGGAAAAAGGUAAGAGACUAAUGUGGAAAGGUGCUAACUCAGAGACUGGAGAUUAUAGUUUACAGCUGUACUUUCCAGAUCUUCUCUAUGUGACACAAUGCACUGUCCUUGUGGGUUUGUCAUUUAUUUGUUAAUGCUGUAGUUUCAAAACCACCCUGUUGAAAGGUCCAGUUGUUUAUAUGCCCAACAAAUUUCAUAGCCUGCUGAACUGGACUGAGUGUGUCAGAAGUGCUGGUUAAUUAUGCAAGAGAGAUUGCCUGAAAAACAACAAAUUGCUUUCUGGUUAGCUGAAGGCAAGUGUGAAAAUCAGAAUUUAGAAUAUUUAGAGCUAAGCUUCUGGAACCACGUAGUUUACUAUACGUGAAAGGCCAAGAAUGGGAGGCUGACUCAAAACUAGAUAGAAAAAUAUAAAAUAAUUUUCGACCACUUCAUAGCUCUCAAAUAUGUAUUUAAAAGAUUUAUGAAUACAAACCAUUUAUGGUUUAUGGUUUCUAAAAAAGAAAGCACAAUUAAUUUUAUAGAGAGGUUUUUUAUUUUUUUAAUAUUUCUAUUGCAAAAGUCUAUCCGAUUUGAUGCACUUUGAAUAUUGAGAUAUUUUGCACAGAUGAAUGUAUGGGAACUACCCAUGGUGAUGUAAGAGGAAAGAACAUUUUUUUGUGAUUCACCAGACAUCGCUUUACACUUGGUGAUGAGUUUAAAUCCAGUAGCUAAUCCCUUCCUGAGACUCAAAGAUCGUGACCUGGUUGGAAUUUCUGACUGUGCUCUUUAGGGCCUCCGAGUUUCAAAAGGAGGAAGUGUUUGUGCUUGUGUCCCUUAAGUUCCCUGUUGCAUGAGCCUGCGACAGGACCUCACCCCCACCACCAGUCUUCUAUUUGGGAUUCACAUCAGUAUUAGUAUCAUAGCUCCACCAAGUUCAGGCUUCUCUUUUUGUUUUUUUUAACCUAGAAAUUGGGCUCAUGGUCUUCAACUUGAGGACAAGGGUGAUUUUCCUAAGAAAUCAGCCAAGUGGGAAGGCAGAGACCAUGUAGAUUCAGCAGUAUCAACUUUAGCUGCAGGGAUUCCAGAGCCCUCGGGACCACUCUGUCCCCUUAAUAGCUUAGUUCUCCUGGUUCCUCCCAUCUUACAGGCUCAUCUGGGUUCCAAAGUGCUUCUGUCCCUGUUUUGAUUCUCCAAACUGCCCUGUGAUGUACGUAGGGAUUAUUCUCCCCACUUAACAGAAAGUAGUGUCUUGGAGAGGUCAAGGGUCUGUAGUUCAAUGGCCAGUUAUAGCAGAAGAGAGGCCAAGCACCAGUCCAUCACCCCUCCCAGGCCAGCCUCUGUAAGUUGGCCACACUUGGGGAGUGAAUGUGGGUGUGACUUUACCUUCCUGGUUGGUUCUUACUGUUUGAGUCAAAACCUCAUCAAUAUAUCAUUGACUCCUGGGUUCCUCAGGUCAUUUCCUAGUGUCUGUUCCUAUCCAAUGCCUCUAUUUUUUCUUGAAAAAAAGACCAAAAAUUAUUUUUAGCUAUGACAAGGCACAGGCCACAUGGCCCCUGAUGGCGUCCCUGCUGGUUUUCAAUUCUCUGAAGCCUUGUGUAGCUUUCAGAGCAUGUGUAUCCUAAUUACCCUCCUCUUCCUCAGCAGAACCCAUUUGAGAUUCUAAAUGGAUACUCUUAGUCUCUAAAGUUGCAGUUAGAAACUAAAAUAAUGUUUUUUAAUAUGUAAUAUGCUCCUCUUGGCUAAUUUUCUUUUGACUUUAAUGUGCCAAUGUAACUUCCUUUAAAGGAUCUAUGCAUUUAUUAAAUCUAGAAAACUGUAUGUAUACUGUAGGUGGAAAAUUCUCUUUUUUAACUAAAUAUUUUUGCAUCACAAGUUUAAAAAAUUGCAUGAUUAAUUAGGCCUUCAUUUUUAAAUUACACUUUCAUCACUACGCGGGAUUACUUUAGUUUAUUCCCAAAGCUCAUUAGCAUGGGGUAAUUACUCUGCUACAGAAAUAGGCAAUUUAAAAAAAUGAAUAUCGCUCUUCUCAUUGGGGGCAGAAAAGAAAAAAAAAAAAAAAAACUCAUUGUACUCAGAUGGAAAAUGCCUAUAGAGACAGGAGCAGGCUGUGCCUGUGGACUUCUGGUUUGGGAUUUUGCCUCACCAGGUCAAGCGUAGUUAGAGUGGAAGGUGUCCAGUAUCUUGAGAACCUGGCCCUGGAGGAGGGUUCUGGGUUAGCUGCAAUGAGAGACUGGUAAUUAAGGGCACCGUGAGCAGGACAGAGUCCUCGCCUUACCCACCCCAUCUUUCCUGUUGCCCACAGUCUGCUGGCCCUUGUGCCUCUUCUCCUUGUCACCUGUGUCUCCUCCUUGUGCACAGAACUGGCUGCCCUUAUGAAUUUUCUUUUUUUCUUUUCUUUCUUUUCUUUUUUUUCUUUUCUUUUGAGACAGCGUCUCACUCUGUCACCCAGGCUGGAGUGCAGUGGCACCAUCUUGGCUCCCUGCAACCUCUGCCUCCUGGGUUCAAGUGAUUCUCAUGCCUCAGCCUCCCGAGGCUGUAGCUGGGAUUACAGGCGCGUGCCACCACACCCAGCUAAUUUUUGUAUUUUUAGUAGAGACAGGGUUUCACCAUGUUGGCCAGGCUGGUCUCGAACUCCUGACCUCAGGUGAUCCACCUGCCUCAGUUUCCCAAAGUGCUGGGAUUACAGGUGUAAGCCACUGCGCCCAGCCUGCCCUUGUGAAUUUUCAUCUGCUCCUUACCCCUCACCUGUUAGGACUGUUUCUUGCUUUUGCCCCUGUCGGUCCCCUGCCUUAACAGACCCAAGCAGCUGAUAAGGCACCAAGCUUCCCUGACCAGGUAGGGUGUGUGUAUCACCCCAGGGCAGUCCUGCAGACCCUGACCAAAGCCCGUCCCUGGGCAGCCCAGGGUUUCUUCCACUUGCUCUUCCCUGUUAAUGGAGAUUUGCAAGCCUAACUGCAUCAGCAGUAGCUCACCUCUCAGAGAACCCCGACUCCCCAAGCAGACCAGGAUUUCGGGAAGGGUGUGGGUGGUGUCGUUGCUGGAUACCCGUCUUUCUGCCUAUCCUUUCUCCUCGCUGAAUCCUGGGGCCCCUCCCCCUCCUUAAAGCUGGGGUGGACAGAGGGACAGGAGAGGGACAGGAGAGGAUCAGAGUUUAUCCCCCCUGGGAAAAACCAAGAGCGAAUGAAUCCCAGUGCCAGCGGCUGAGGCUACCUUCCGUGCCUUCCCUCCAUGGAAGACAAGCGAGUUGGGCUUAGGAAACUGGAACUGGAAAGGUUCUGUUGCUAUACUUUGGAACUUUCCCCCCGGGAUUCAGCAGCUGAGAAGCAGAGACCUUUCUGCCCUGGGUGAAUGGGUCCUUGGGGGAGGGGUUGGUCUUUUGUCUCACAUUCCUGUCUUUCCUUUCCUUCCGGGCCAUGCUCCUUCCUGGCUAGAAAAAGGUGGCUGUGCUGUCCCUGUGAUCCACUCUCAGCAAAUGCAUGUGGCUCAAAUAAACAAAGAACUUACCUGUCAGAGUGAAAAUCCUCAGGAGAUUGUACCCAAAUGCCAUGCUUUACAUAUUUAUGGUCUCUCUAGUGCCCUCCAGACGUGAUUUCCAGGGAGCCUUCCUCCCCUGGGGACAGUUAGCAGGAGUACCUGGGGAACCUGAGGUGGUCCUCCUCUCGGCAGCUUUGGUGCCACACUGUGCCCAUAGAAACUUCUAGAAAUUUCUGAAAAUGCUCUGUGGGCAGCUCUUGGGUGGCAGUAAGUCCGUCACCCCCCACCUAACCCUGGGCCUGAAGCACUGCCCUUGCUCUCUCUUUGUGUGUGUGUGCACCCAAAGGAUUUCCUGGUCUCUGUAGCUCAUCCUGUGAGCCCUUCAAGCAUGAAGCCUCCCUCGGGGCUUCUCAAAGCAUGGAGAGGGGCCCUUCCUGUCCUUCGGGAAAAUCUUCCCCACUGUGUCAGUUAUAUGGGAACAAGAGUGAGGGGGUCUUUCUCUAGGCCUGUGCCACAGGACAGAGAACACAGGAUUUUGCUGUUCACUUUGAGCCACAACCUUUGCCAGCCUGGCUUGUGUAGGGGGACCUUCGCCUUGCUACAAAGAGCUGUUCCCCAAAGGGCAUAGCCACAGGGUACAGGUUCUAAAAAGGCCUUUUUUU